GGGUGAGUUUCGUUCCGUUCGGAGUUUCGGAGAUCGUUCGACGUCCACCAGUUUUACCGUCGACGGGUUCUAGAUCUGUUGUGAGUUGGGUGUGUCGCUGUUUAAAAGAAUCUAAUCAACAUGAGUGGACAACAGUACUACCCCUACAAGUGCACCCCCACCGUGUACCCAGCGGAGCCCUUUGACCCCGCUGCGGAUGCCGAGACCCUCCGUAAGGCCAUGAAAGGCCUUGGAACAGAUGAGAAGGCCAUUAUUGACGUGCUGUGCAGGCGAGGAAUCGUCCAACGUUUGGAGAUCGCCGAGACUUUCAAGACUAACUACGGCAAGGACUUAAUCAGUGAGCUGAAGAGCGAGCUGACUGGCAACUUGGAGAAUGUGAUCGUGGCCUUGAUGACCCCCCUUCCCCACUACUACGCCAAGGAACUGCAUGACGCUGUCUCCGGACUCGGCACUGAUGAGGAGGCCAUCAUUGAGAUCCUCUGCACCCUCUCCAACUACGGAAUCCGUACCAUCUCGGCGUUCUACGAACAGCUGUACAACAAGAGCUUGGAAUCAGACCUGAAGGGCGACACAUCCGGCCACUUCAAGAGGCUGUGUGUAUCUCUAUGCAUGGCCAACCGUGAUGAGAACCAGGGAGUAGACGAAGGUGCCGCCAAGGCUGACGCGGAGGCGCUGGCGUCUGCCGGUGAAGGCCAGUGGGGCACUGACGAGUCUGUCUUCAACUCCAUCCUGAUCACACGCUCUUACCAACAACUCAGACAGAUCUUCGCUGAAUACGAGGGAUUGACUGGCAAGGACAUCGAAGAAACCAUCAAGAAGGAAUUCUCUGGAAGUAUCGAAAAGGGCAUGCUUGCUAUCGUAAAAUGCGUGAAGAGCAAAGUGGGCUUCUUCGCUGAACGCCUGUACUACUCGAUGAAGGGAUUGGGAACCAACGACAAGACCCUUAUCAGAAUUGUCGUGAGCCGCUCUGAGAUCGACCUUGGAGACAUCAAACAGGCCUUCCUUGAAAAAUAUGGCAAACCCCUCGAAAGCUGGAUUGCUGAUGACACUUCUGGAGAUUACAAGAAGGCUCUGUUGACUCUUGUUGAAUAGAUUGAGAAUGUGGUCACAAGGUGUCUCCGGGCAACGAUUGCGUUAACCACCUAUCUCGUUACUAUAAGUUUGUCUGUCAAUUUGUUAGGUUACGAAGUGAUCUGUUAGGGUACGGGCACACUGACGACUCUCCCGCCCGAUGCUCAAUGCACUACAUCUCUCGAGGGCCGUGUACUUCAUCCCAGCGGUCAGUUGAGUCUUCAGCGUGCCAUAUCUUUAGGUUAUCCUCGUCAGGAAUAAGUUUUAUUAAAAUGAUCUGUAUAUUUUGCUUCCUAUUAGCCUUACUCACGUUCAUAUAAUAUCCUUUGCACUGUAGCUAACUGCUUCGUGUCGUGUGCGUGCAUGAGGGUAGCGGUACACGUUGGCUCGUGUCCCUGUGUCUCAGUUUUACAAGUAGUUGUUACAAUUUUUCAGGAGGAAUUAGGAGGACAUCUCGGUGAUCUCCUGUCGACACUGUGCUAUUAAAGCUUCACCAAUCCUAACAUAUAACACUCAGUAUUACGAGCGUCUUGUCAUGUGUGUGAUGCUGCAGUGUGAAGUUAUAUUUUAAUCAUAAUAAUAAGCGUGUCAGCACACACCGAGUACAAUCACCUAUGUUGCAUUUUAAAGACAUUUAUUUUAUUUUAUAUUACAAAGGAACGUGUUAGUAUCGUUGUCAGAUAACUAUGUUUAUACUUAGGUAUAAUAUUAUAUUAUUUUACUUUACUUGCUGUGCCCUUUUUUGUCUCACCUAACACCUUAAUCUAACCAGUGAACAACGAACAUUUCUUCAACAAAUAUAAUUAAACACAAAACUCGAAUAUAUUGUUCCUGAGUUAGAUCUGCACAAGCUGUCGGACGAUGCAUUUUAUACAUUUAAGAUUUAUUUUUGUGAUAACAUUUCGAAUAUUUUUUGUGAAUAAAAAAUCAUAAGUAUGGGCCAGUUUCUCUUUAUAUUUAGUGCAAACUGCGCAAGCGGUAGAUUCAUUUCGGUAUUCUUUGCAGGAUGACCUAACGGGUGACUUCAGGAAUGUGCUAGUCACACUUUGUGCUUAAUCCUGCAGAAUGAAUUAUAUUUUU